CUAUUUACAAGUAUCUAACUUGAUGACUUGAUCUCACAAGUCAUUGGAAAUCUUACCCAAUAGACUUGGAAAUGAACCAGAACUGACAGUCAAAGCUCAUCUCUGACCAAGGAUCAACACAAAUUCUUAUCGUAGCCUCGUAGGUGGAAUCCGAUAAUGAGAAAAAAAAGAGUACAAUUACUACAACCUGCAUCACCAAAGCUAUGAUAUAAACAGAGUAUUUCCGUCAACAACACAACAGGCGACUCUGAUUCUGAAAUUCCGAUUAGGAGAUCGAUGGCGUCAACCUCUUCUUGUCGUCAAUGGAAAUACGAUGUGUUUCUAAGUUUCAGGGGGGAAGAUACCCGUGGGGGUUUUACCGGUCUUCUGUAUGCUGCACUGAAUCAGAGAGGAAUUCACACCUUUAUGGAUGACCGAGAGCUUGAGAAAGGAAAAUCCAUACGGCCUGAACUUUUAGCUGCAAUUGAGGAGUCUCGAUCUGCGAUUGUCAUUCUCUCACCCAGAUAUGCUUGUUCGUCAUGGUGCUUGGAUGAACUCGUCAAGAUUAUUCAAUGCAUGAAUGAAAUGGGCCAACAAGUCCUCCCCGUCUUCUACGGCGUGGUUCCUUCUGUUGUGCGGCACCAAAGGGGAAGUUUUGAGCUCAAAAGCAAGCGCCAAGAAGAUGUGCAAGUAAGGGAACAUGAAGAAGUUUAUGGGCAGAAUAAUGAGGACAGUCUAAAUGCGUGGAGAGCUGCUUUGACACAGGUCGCCAAUCUUUCUGGCUGGGAUUUCAACAAUUAUCGAAAUCCAACAAACCUAAUUGAGGAAAUUGUUAAUCAUAUACUCAAGAAGUCCGUGUAUAUAUCUUCAAGUGUUGACAAGGGCUUCAUAGGAAUGGGUUCCCGCAUUGAUGAUUUAUUAAGCAAUUACAUACGUCCACAGCUUCGUGGGGUGCGUUUUAUAGGGAUCCAUGGCAUGCGGGGCAUAGGUAAGACAACACUUGCUCGAGCUAUCCAUGAUCAAAUUUGUCAGGAUUUUGACCGAUCCUGCUUUCUUUCCAAUGUUAGAGAAAUGUCUAAAAACAAUGGAAUAGUUUCUCUACAAGAAAAACUUCUUUCCAGAAUCCUGAUGGCAAAAAUUAAAAAUAUAGAGGAUGAAUACACAGGAGCUGCUAUGAUACAAAGGCGGUUGUGUAGAAAAAAGGUGCUUGUUGUGAUUGAUGAUGUGGAUCAGUUGACACAAUUAGAGAAAUUGGCUGGAAGUCACAAGUGGUUUGGUCCAGGGACUAGAAUUAUCAUAACCACCACAGAUGUUCAGUUGUUAAAGGCACAUGAUGUUGAUGCUACGUACAAGGCUAACGGCUUAAACUGUGAUGAAGCACUUCAACUUUUGAGUUUGAAGGCUUUUAAGAAACUUCCCCCACCAAAAGAUUAUUUGCAUCUGUGCUACGAUAUUAUAGGGUAUGCUAAGGGGCUUCCGUUGGCUCUCGUGGUUUUAGGUUCUUUUCUAUUUGGUAGAAGCCCUGAUGAAUGGGAAAGUGCAAUAGAUAGGCUAAAGAACACACCAGAUAAACGCAUUAUUGACGUGCUUCGGAUUAGUUUUGAUGGACUGGAUGAAAAAGACAGAGAAAUAUUCCUACAUAUCGCUUGCUUUUACAAGGGGAAGGAUAAGGAUCGUGUGACACAAAUACUAAACUAUUGCCAGCUAAACCCUGUCAUUGGUUUGAGUGUUCUUGCUGAUAGAUCUGUCAUAACUAUCUCCAACAACGAACUGUGGAUGCAUGAUUUGCUACAAGAAUUGGGCUGGGAAAUUGUUCGUGAACAGUCUCCUCAAGAGCCAGGCAAACGUAGUAGAUUAUGGUCUCAUGAAGACAUCAACAAUGUGCUGGAGAGAAACAAGAUUCAAUCCAAGGCAUGGUAAUGGAGUUGACAAAAUUACAAGUGGCUCAUUGGAAGCCAGAAGCCUUUUCAAAGUUGUCUCAACUUAGUCUUCUCCAUAUUCGUAAUGUGGACCUUCCCAAAGGCCUCACUUGCCUUUCUAAUUCCUUGAGACUCCUCGAAUGG